UGAAAGACCGGUUCUGACAUUUUUGUUACAUUUCGCGUAAAUUUUGCAAAGGAAUUUUCAACAAUAAAAUGAUUGAAAUCAGUGAAAUUUUUCCUGAUUUCUCUAACAAUAUUCACCAUUUUUGGUUACGAUAUCUGUAUUUAAAUGAUUUAAAUCAUACACGAUUGGGAACAUAACCUCUACUUUUCUAGUUUCCUCGUAUGUGUCUUAAUUUCCUUAAUUUGAACGAUUUGAGAAAGAUAAAUGGAGUUUCUUCAGUCUCGUAGAAGUGAAGGCCCUGAGAAAAAACAUUUUAUAUGUUCGGAAAUGCUCUCAGUACGAGAAUCAACGGGAAAAAAAUCGUUUUGAAGUUGUUCUGAAAAUUCGUGAGGACUGUUUAUAUUUUGUUUGUCAGGAAGGUCAGUGAUGAGGAAAUAGAUUUUUAAUUUGUUAUUCCCAAUUACUGAUCACUUGAGAAAUAACAUGAUGUUAUUACACAACAUGUGGUUACGAUUAGAUAUCCAGUGAACGUGAUCCAUUAUGGAUGUAAAUCACCUCCUGUCGUACUCCGAAGUUUACAAUCAAGAAACCGUGCAAUUUUUGGAGCAAGAAUUUUCUCGUCUAAAAGAUGAAUGUUUCUUGGACCAUGCAGGUACAACACUUUAUUCGAAGACACAGAUUAAAAAAGCAUCCGAGAAUUUGCUCUCAUCAACUUAUGCUAAUCCACAUUCUGUUGGAGUAGCAAGUAACUUCACUCAUGAUUUAAUUGAACAAGUUCGUUACAGAAUUCUGGACCAUUUUUACGUUUCUUCCGAAGAGUACAGUAUAAUUUUCACCUCGGGAGCUACCGCUGCCUUAAAAAUAGUCGCCGAAACAUUUCGCUUUAAAAGUGCGGAAUCCCCUGACAAAAAAAUAGAAAAAAAUGGAAAUUUCGUUUACCUUCAGGACAAUCAUACUUCAGUCCUUGGAAUGCGAAAUUUAGUCUCUCAAAAUGGAGCCAGUAUUACUUGCCUCACUCAUGAAAAAGCUUUUGACAUUUUUCACAAAUCUAAAGUUGCUGAGAAACAAACUUCCGUCGCCGGAAGUAAUUCCCUCUUUGUUUACUCAGCACAGUGCAAUUUUUCGGGAUUAAAAUAUCCCCUCGAGUGGAUCAAAGCUGUUCAAAAUGGAAAAUUGGAUUCAAUUGUUGGCGGAAACGGAAGUUGGUACACUCUUCUGGAUGGAUCGGCUUUUGUUGGCACAAACGAGUUGGAUUUGUCACUUUACAAGCCUGAUUUCGUUUGUCUUUCAUUUUACAAAAUGUUUGGAUAUCCAACUGGACUUGGAGCAUUACUGGUGAAAAAUUCGAGUGCGAAUGUCUUGGAGAAGGUUUAUUAUGGAGGUGGAACUGUUAAUGUGGCUCUAAGUUCGGAAUCUUUUCACGUCAAGCGUGAAAGUUUGCAUCAAAGAUUUGAAGAUGGGACUCUACCCUUUCUUUCCAUAAUUGCUCUCGAAUAUGGCUUCGAAACCAUAUCUUCCAUCCCUCUAACCGAAAUAUCCAAACAUGUCUUUUCACUCGCCAGACAUUUGCAUCAUUCGCUCUUAACUUUACACCACAAUAAUGGCAAUCCAGUCGCAAAACUCUACAGCGACACAGACUACGAAGAUUCGAAAAUGCAGGGAGGAAUCGUGACUUUCAAUAUUCUGCGUGCAAAUGCCGAUUACGUGGGAUAUAUGGAAGUUCUCAGUAUGGCAGCAUUGUACAAUAUUCAGCUGAGAACGGGAUGUUUUUGCAAUCCGGGCGCCUGUCAGCGACACCUGGCUCUUUCGAAUCGAACGAUUUUGGAAAAUUACGAGGCUGGAUAUGUUUGCGGUGGAUCGAAGGAUUUGAUUGGCGGACAACCGACUGGUUGUGUGCGAAUCUCUUUUGGAUACAUGUCCUCUGUUAACGAUGUUGAGACGGUUUUGAGGAUGGUGAGAAAGUGCUUUUUGAACAAGCCAGAAGUCAUUAAAGUUCCAACUUGGUGGAUCAAGGAGAGAGAGAGACUCGGCAUUAAAUACAAGCGAGAAAAGUAUAUUGAGAGAAUGCCCUCUAUAACCGUUUCAAUAUUAUAUCCUUCUGAAGAGAAUACAAAUGGAAAAAUGUGCAGAGGCAAAGUUUGUGGCCAUAAAGUGGAAGGCAUUGAUUGUGGAGCUGAAGUUUCUGAGUGGCUGAGCUUAUCCUUAGGUCGACCGAAUUUAAGAUUGAUUAGGCAAACCAAAAAGAAGAUAGUCGAAGACAAAAGAAAAAAUGAAAAAGAAUUGUCAUUUGUAAGCCAAGCCCAGUAUCUGUUGAUUAACGAAGCAAGUAUUUUCUGGCUGUUCGAUAAAGUACCGAAUGAUUCUGAAUGUCGGAGAGAAACAAUGUUGCCCCGAUUUCGAGGAAAUAUGGUCGUGAGUGGCUGUGCUCCAUUCGAGGAAACGAAAUGGAAACAUGUUAGGAUAGGAAAUUGUGAUUUUCAGGUGGAGGGACUUUGCACCAGAUGCCAAAUGGUGUGCAUCGAUCAAACCACGGGCGAGAAAACUGUCGAACCAUUGCGAACACUCGCAGAGGAAUUUCAUGGUAAAUUAAGAUUCGGAAUAUAUCUCAGCCGACCGACCUCCGAAGAUGUUAUUUUAAAAAUAGGAGACGAGGUCAACUACACAUUGGGUGAUUAGAUAUCAUUUUUUUACAGUCCGAAAAAAAAUAUAAGAUUAAAAAUAAACUCAAUGAAACUUUUGCAAACUAAUCUUAAAAAGAACAAAAAUAAUCAUUUAAGAAAUUUGAAAAAAAUAAUCCUAAUAAAUUAAUUUAGAGAAAAAAUAGGUAUUUAAAUGCGAUUUUAUUCGAUGUAGUCGGAUAGAAAUUGUUUUGCUACAAGAAUAAAGAAUAAUUAAUUUAUAGAAAUAUUUACAGAAAUGAAUUGUAAUGAAAUUUCACUAUGUUUAAUAUUUUUGAAAUAAUUACUGUAUGGAGC